GAGAGAGGAAUGCGCCUCUAAUGAGAAUAUGGCAUCAAGUCAGAGACAUUGCUGCAAACACCGGAAGUUAAGCGAAAUUGUCUAAAGUUUAAUUCAGAUUAUUAUCUAUAUAGUUUCUCGAGCUGUGUAGUUGUUUCAAAGGGACAUUUCUCAGUUGAUAACACAAAUAACAGUAAAGUUACACUAUGGGCGCAUUUAAACAUGGAUUAUCAUAAAUCAUAAUCAUCAACAUGACAACAACAAUGAUAUUAGCUGUGUUCAAGGGGACAGGGUGGCUAAGGUGUUCCUUUUUUCGUUUGUGAUAUUUUCGUUAUUAUGUUUACCUCUGAUCUUCCCAGUUUUAGUCUUCUCACUUUAUUGUGAAGGCCAGAGGCAGGAAAGUUGAAGGUGUCGUCAUCGAAGCGAGCUCGGAGGCUGUGGAGCGGAGCAGGAGAAGAGGGAGAGCGGAGAAGAGAGAGCGAGAGAGAGAGAGAGAGGAGAGAGAACAGCGAGAGAAGCAGCGGUGAGAUGGUGUAGAAGCGGAGGAUUAUUACUCUUCUUCUCCGGUGCUGUUACCGUCCUCACGUCCGCCCCGUCCCCGCUUUUUGAUGCUGUCCUCACGGGGCCGUGAGCCACGAUCGGACCCGGCGGAACCAUGCAGAGGCUGCUGCUCCUGAGUUUGCUGCUCACUUCUCAAACUGUGUUGACGGCGAGGUUCUCUCAGGAGCCGGCAGACCAGUCGGUGGUGCGGGGCCAGAGGGUGAUCCUGUCCUGUGUCGUCUUCAACUACUCAGGCAUCGUUCAGUGGACCAAAGAUGGCCUGGCUCUGGGCAUCGGAGAAGACCUGCGGGCCUGGCCCAGAUACCGUGUGUUGCGCGUGCAGGAGUUGGGGGCCUACAAUCUGGAGAUCCUGUCCGCUGACCUGACUGAUGACUCGCUGUACGAGUGCCAAGCCCCUGAUGCAGCGCUGAGGUCCAGGAGGGCCAAACUCACCGUCCUCAUACCCCCGGAUGACCCGGUGAUCGAUGGGGGUCCGGAGGUGCUGCUGAACGCCGGCGAGUCCUACAACCUGAGCUGCAUGUCUCGAGGGGCGAAGCCGCCCUCCGUGAUCGAGUGGCUCAAAGACGGCCUGCCUGUGGACGGGGCUGCCAGUGCUACGGAGGUGCUCCCGGACAGGAAGAGAGUGACCACACGUAGCUACCUGCCCAUCCACCCGGUCGACAGCGACACCGGGAGGAACUACAGCUGUGUGGCCACCAACCUGGCUAUUCCCACCGGCAAGAUGACAACUGUCACACUCAACGUGCACCAUCCACCCACAGUGACCUUGUCCAUCGAGCCGCGCUCCGUCAUGGAGGGGGAACGAGUCACCUUCACCUGCCAGGCGCACGCCAACCCUCCUAUAAUGGGCUACAGGUGGGCUAAAGGUGGCGUGGUGCUGCAGGGCGCCAGGGAGAGCGUGUUCACCACCAAGGCGGACCACUCCUUCUUCACCGAGCCCGUCUCCUGUCUGGUCUUCAACGCCGUGGGAAAGACCAACGUCAGCAUCCUGGUGGACGUCCACUUCGGCCCGAUCCUGCUGGUGGAGCCGCAGCCACAGACGGUCGACGUGGACUCUGACGUGACCCUCAACUGCAAAUGGGCCGGAAACCCUCCGCUCACACUCACGUGGUUCAAAAAGGGAUCAAACAUGGUUCUGAGUAACAGCAACCAGCUGUAUCUGAAGUCAGUGAGCCAGGCGGACGCCGGCCAGUACGUCUGUAAGGCCAUCGUCCCACGGAUUGGAGUAGGAGAGACUGAGGUUACGCUCACUGUGAACGGUCCUCCCAUCAUCUCCAGUGAUCCAGUCCAGUACGCAGUGAGAGGAGAGAGAGGCGAGGUGAAGUGCUUCAUCGCCAGUACGCCUCCUCCGGAUAAGAUUGUGUGGGCGUGGAAGGAGAACGUGUGGGAGAAGGAGAAGGGGACGCUUCUGGAGAGGUACACGGUGGAGCAGAGCAAAUCGUCGGCGGAGGGCGGCGGCGUCCUCUCCACCCUCACCAUCAACAACGUGAUGGAAUCGGACUUCCUGUCCAAUUACAACUGCACGGCCUGGAACUCGUUCGGCCCCGGCACCAUGAUCAUCACGCUGGAGGAGACUGAGGACGUCCCGGUGGGAAUAAUCGCUGGUGGGACGGUGGGCUCCACCAUUCUCCUGUUCAUCUUCCUGCUGGUCCUCGUUCUCAUCUUCUACCGACAGCGCAAAGGCAGUCGGCGCGGGGUCACGCUGGGUAAGCCCGACAUCAAGGUGGAGACGAUAAACAAGGAGACCCACAGCUUGGAGGAGGACUCCGGCAGCGUGUCCACGGCUUCGCGCAUGGUCAAGGCCAUGUACUCGUUUCUCCCCUCUGUGUCCUUCUCUCCCUCCAAUCAGCCAUUUAAAGACGACAUAGAGCUCAAGUCCGACCUCCGCAGUGACACCCUGGACACCCGUCAGGAGUACGACUUAAAGGACCCGACCAAUGGCUACUACAACGUACGAGCUUCCACCCACGAUGAAGGCCGCCCUGCGUCCCGCUCCACCCUGCACUACUCCGACUACCGCUCCCCUACAGGAACACCAGGGGGAGCUGCAUCUAUAAGCAGCAGUGCCGGCGGCUCAGGAGCCACGGCCAGCGGCGGAGCCCCCGGCCCCCCUGGACCCCUUACCUCCCCCGGCCGCCCCCAGGCCUGCUACGACCCCAGACCCCCCUCUAGACUGUCCCACAUCAGCUACGCUCAGUUUAACACCUUCACCCGUGGGGGCCAGAGCCAGCAGCCCCCUGCCAACCCCGCCCCCCCACCCAGUGACUUCCAAGGUGACUGCAGCCUCAUGGACUCCACUUCCCAGCUGGCCUACGACAACUACGGUUACCCCUCGCAUUACCAGACCUACCGUAUGGGUUUCGCCCCAUCCAGCCUGGCCCCAUUGGAGGCCGGCCCAUCCUAUGAGAUGUACGGGGUGGGAUCCGGCGUGGGGUCCCCUGGGGCCCCUGGGGUCCCUGGGAUCCCUGGGAUCCCUGGGGUCCCAGGGAUCCCUGGGGUUGGGGUGGGUCCCGGGGGCCCACCUCCCUCGGGAUCAGAGACUGGACUCGGGAAGUACGGCAGCUCCACUCGCUUCUCCUACACCUCGCAACACUCUGACUACUCCCACAGCCGACACACACAGAGGAUGCAGACUCACGUGUGAGACAGAGACGCAGAACCACCUCACAGUCUUAGCUGAGCAUGAGGAAGCAUCUUAUAAAUAGCGUCACACCUAGAAACACACACGAUCACAGAUUUACACGCACAUUUUCACACGCCAAACACAUCCUACUGAACGCAUACACGACUACAGGACACAAAAAUAUAACAUCACACACACACACCCAUGCACAGUCAGAAGACCAUGCCCAUGAGACAGGGAGGGUACGAGAAACGCAGAGGAACAGAGAGGGGAAAAAAGAGACGAGUGGGGGAGAGGGAGCUUUAGUGAGACAGGGAAGGGAAAUUCCAGGCAAUUUUGAAUUCCCUCACUCCCGAUGUGUUUGUAUAUCUGAGCUCUGAAAGAGCGGACGGCGCAAGUCACAAUCAAGACUGGGAACAGGAGCGAGAACCAGAGAGAAGAGGAGGAGAGAUCACAGAUCUUUGGAGCUCAUAGCCUUCGCUAUGGAUCGACUUUGUAAAUGACGAGAGUGAACGUCUUAAGGCAAACUGUGGCAAAAGAUGGUUUGGGAAAAACCUCAAACAGUGGAAGUCAUUUCUGGCCGCCUUUUUUUUUUUUGCUGGUUGUCUUAUUCAACAAUCAUAGAGCACAUAUAUAGAGUAUCCCAGAAUGCCCUUCUGUACAGUGGUACAUGCCAUCAUGCCUGUUAGGCAGCGUGGAGGAGUGUAUUGGGGCAGGGGUUGGGGGUUGGGGUCAUCAUUUUGCACUUCAUCUACAGUAUUCGUGCUUGGACGUCCCUUAUCUAUAUCUGUGUAAUGUCCUCUUUUUAUUUGCACACCAGACUAGAGCUUUGUAUUCUAUUUUUUAACAUUACAGAAUUAUUUUUGUCAAUGUAAAACAUGUAAUGUGUAUGUAUGGACCAAAAGUUUGAACGGGAGUGCACAUACCUCGGGCGAUUUCCCCCGAGGGAAACCCACUGAGACAGAGUAAAGAGUCGUGCCAACAACCGCGCCUGGAAUCAGGCAUCAGAAGGGUAUAUCAGUGUCUGAACGAAACCUAGUGCCAAGUGUUGAUGUUUUUCUUCACCUUAGACCGUGUAUAUGCAGUAGAAGCUCCUUCUAUCGGCAAGUGUCGCUUUACACGCCAGGCUCGGGGGCCUUGAGUCAUUCCCAGACGUUUUCGUCGGCUGGAGCCUUUUUUCUUUUCCCUCGGAGCUCUUAACUACAAGCCUGGUGCGGCCUGAAGAGAAAAACACAGAUGUUGGGUUGAGAACUGAGUGGCCUUAUAGGGGAACGUGUCAUACAUUUCCAUUUUGAAUCAUUCCUCAUUGUGUGUCUGCCAAAAAAACAGCCGGAGGAGAAUGUGUAUUGAGAGGUUCAUUGAAGGCUUGUCUACAAUAUUGACAUAUAGUGGUGUAUGAGUGUGACCGUGUGUGCGAGUGUGUGUGAGAGAGAGAGAGAGAGAGACCAAGAGAGACCAAGAGGGAGAGUGUGUGGGCGUUGGCGCGCACACAUCGAUUUGUACAGUGUGCUUGUAUAGACGCGUAAAUGACUGCGUGUGUGUGGGACGGGUCUGUAAACAUGCAGUGCUCGACUCGUGUGUGUGUGUGUGUGAGCGCGCGGCUGUUGUAUGCAUGUUAGUGUGUAUACAGUAUGUGUGUGUGCGUGCAUGUCUGUGUCCAAGUGUGUGUGGGUGUGUGUUUCUGUAUAUGUCCAUAUCAUUUCGCUCACAAUCCUGUUACAGUACUUUUAUACCUCUGGUAGGACUGUAUCCUGUAUUAUUGUGUCUUUGAAUUUAGAAAAAUCCAAUGUUUAUCUUAUUGUACUGUUCUUCGUAGCAGAGAAAACUGUUCAACAGAUGUACAAUGAACGUUAAACUCUCAUUUUUUAAUUUCAUUAUCUUCAAUAUUUUUUAAAAAUGGUAUGUAAUUAUUUUUCCACAGUAUUACAUAAAUAAAAGCACUGUUUUUUAUAAAA